UUAGCAGUAGCAGCAGCAGCAGUUGCUGCUACAACAGCAACAUCGGCAGCAGCAGCAACUGCAACUAAAGCAAUAACAAUCAAUGGGCCCCAAACGACAUGGCGACGUCAACGAGGCUGCACACCAGCAACACCAAAAAUGCAGCAGCAACAGCAACAGCAGCUGCAGCUGCAACAGCAACAAUCGCACUUGCAACGCCUGAAGGCGGCCGGUUGCCUGGGGUCGUGGCUGCCAUCAAUGACGUCGAUGUGGCUGCCAACCGACUUUCUUGCCCAACUGCUUUUGGCCCUCUGCCUGCUGGGCUGCCUCAGCCCCUUUACAGCUGCACUCGAGGAGGACUGCGUUGACUUUCAGGGCAACAAGGUGAACCACGGAAUGCUGUACGUGCCGGGACCCGGGGUCUGCAGCCUCUGCGUCUGCUACCACUCCGAACCACUCUGGUGCAAGGCCAUCUACUGUGAUCCGCCCUACUUUUGCAAAAACUUUCGUGUUGGCGAGCGAUGCUGUGAGUUCGAAUGCUUGGAUCCGCCCGGCGAGGACAAACUGUACCAGGAACGAAUGCGAAAGAGGGCCGAGAUAUUGGCCGGGAACAGUACAGCCUCGAAUGUGCAACUGGCCCCGAUAGCCAUGUCCACCAUAAUGCUGGGAUUCCUGGGCAACAGCUUCCUCAACUUAUAACUUGAAGUCCAAUAGCAAGAGAUGGAGAUGAAUCUAAUGAAUCAAUGGCGAAGCUAAGCGAAGCGAAGUUAGAACCUCCUCAUUUUUGUUGCUCCUAAAGCGUAGGACUCUCUCGAAAAUUAUUACAGUGUAAUAAGUUAAGCAAACAAAAACCAUGCCAGAUAUUUGUAGUGAUAUGUCUGAGCAUUAAUCUAGAGGAUGCAAAGGCAUCGUGCCAUCGAUGCGUAGGUUUUCACUUAUAUCCCCAGACUUAUAAUAGGUACAAUAAUAAUUUCAAAGGUUAUGGCGACGGCAAGAACAGUUAGGGCACCUCGAAUACUUUCAAUGUGAUCCGAAUCCGAGUUCGAAUUCGAAUCCGAAUCGAAUCGAGUCGGUAGAGCCAGAUAUAGCAGAUAUAGCAUAUACAUUUACAUCUACCUAAGUGUACAUGGGUAAGCAACACCAAGAAACCAGAACAAACUCAUCAAGCAAACGUAUAAGACAGUCUCUAGCUCCUAAGACUCUAUAGUAAACAAAAUAUAUAUAUACAGAUGUGGAAAUCUACGUAAGCAUAUAUUGUACAUAAGAGUAUAUAGCUCUUUGUAUCGGAUCUAAAAUUGUUGAUUAGUGUUUAGCUAACUGAAUGAAGGCGACUUCGGCUAGGAAGAUAGGUUUUUUUAAUCCAAUUAAAAUGUUCACCACGAGUACACCACAGUUCACCACAUUAGAUCCUGCUCCCAGUAGAUUUUCUUUAAGAGCUGAUAAACUCUGAAAACUGUUUAGAUUAAUUUUAAAAUUAAAUUUUUUUUUUUUAAAUUAAACAAAAAUAUAAUCUGAUUUAUGGCCAUUUAAGUCUAAGCAAUAAGAAAUCGUUCAAAACGAUAUUCAUUCUUGGGGAAUGUCAGCUCUACUUUCUUGUUCUAUUUUUCUAACCACACCAAACACGUUAAAUACUUAUAAAUAUGAGGGUAAAGUAAGGGCAGUUCGAUAGAAAAUCUCGAUCUUAGUAAAAGGUAGUAAAUAACACAUAUCUUGGCAACAUUUUUUCCAAAAUAUUAUAACAGACACAAAACGGACACGAAUGAAUCAGAAA